AUGGGAGUGCAGGUGGAGACCAUCUCUCCUGGAGACGGGCGCACCUUCCCGAAGCGUGGCCAGACCUGCGUGGUGCACUACACGGGGAUGCUUGAAGAUGGAAAGAAAUUCGAUUCCUCCCGGGACAGAAACAAGCCCUUUAAGUUUGUGUUGGGCAAGCAGGAGGUGAUCCGAGGCUGGGAAGAAGGGGUUGCCCAGAUGAGCGUGGGUCAGAGAGCCAAGCUGACGAUCUCCCCAGACUAUGCCUAUGGUGCCACUGGGCACCCAGGCAUCAUCCCACCAAAUGCCACUCUCAUCUUUGACGUGGAACUUCUAAAACUGGAAUGA